AUGUGUGAAGAUAAGGAGGAGGCCCGAAGCGAGGCGGGCGCUGUGGCAAGCCCGCGCCGUCUGUGCUGGUCACGCCGUCCCCCACCGCCGCUGCCCGACACUAGGGGGCUCUGCUGCGCUAAGUUGCUCAGGAAGAACGGCAAGCCUAAAAAGUUUGCUGAAGAUAUAUUCAGUAUUAUACAAGUUCGAGGUUCAAGUUAA